CUGGUUCUAUCAGGUUUUCUAGAGGUUAGUCUCGCUCUAACCAAAGCCAUGGCCUCCAAGCAGAUGGUGCAUAUGAACCAAGGACAAGGGGAAAGAAGUUACGCUCGCAAUUCUGGUAUUCAGAAUGCUCAGCAGAAGAGGAUGAAGCUCCUGAUAGAAAGAACAAUCAUAGACUUAUGCAGCAGCAGCAGCAGCUUGUUACCUGACAAGAUGGUGAUCGCGGACUUGGGCUGCUCCUCUGGCCCAAACGCGCUGGCACUGGUAUCGGUCGCUGUCGAGGCGAUCCAUGGAUACUGUCUUCAGUUGCAGCAGCCACCACCGGAACUGUGUGUGUUCCUCAACGACCUGCCUGACAAUGACUUCAACACGGUGGUGAAGAGCCUUGUCACGAUCCGUCGAUGCAACGGGCCUGUUGUCGUGACGGGUAUUGCACCAGGGUCGUUUUACGAGAGACUCUUCACUAGUAGCUCCGUGCAUCUUGUGUGCUCGUCCAGUAGCCUGCACUGGCUGUCAAAGGCUCCUGAAGUUCUAACGAAGAACCAGAUCCCGGCUUACUACAUUGAUGAGCAUGCUAGGCGUGAGAAGCUCCCUAUGGUCCUUGGGGCAUAUGCACAACAGUUUAGGAAGGACUUCAGACAUUUCCUGGAGCUGAGAGCCAAAGAAUUAGUCCCGGGAGGACAGAUGGUUGUUUCCAUUAUAGGGAGGCAUUCUGAUGGCUUCGCCCCCUUCCACAUCUGGGGCAUUCUUGCUCAAGUUCUAAGCCUUAUGGCCUCAGAGGGUGUAAUCGACAAGGCGAAGUUUGAUUCUUUCUAUGUGCCAGUCUAUGGGCCUUCGAAGGAAGAUAUAAGGGAGGUCAUCAAAGAAGAGGGGUCCUUUUCGAUCAAGGAGUUUCUGGUGCAUGACUUUUUAAGCGGCUUGGACAACACGCUCGUCACCCCAAGCUGGAUCGCCAACCAGAUAAGGGCCGUGUAUGAGCAGAUAGUGGUGCAGCAUUUUGGAGAUGUGAUGGACGAAUUCGUGAGGAUCGCGGAGCGGCGCUGGAGCCUGGACAGAAGCUUGCUGCAGGAAGAGCAUGCCGGAUUAGCUAUGUGAUGGAUUGAUGAUCGUGGCCGGUGGUGUGACCGCUUGCUUUCCCAAAGGGGUUUGCCACAUUGGAUGAGAUUGAACCAUGAAUUUCUUUAAGGCAACAAUGUCAACAGUUUCCUUUGGUUUGUUAUCCAGGAUGAUGAGUUGGUGGCCGGUCUAUGUGAUUGCUUUUA